AUGCGCAUCAUAAAGCAGAAACCGUGGCUGCCUUUCCCGGUCAGAACUGCUGCUUCUGUGUUGUCUGUGUUCAUCGUGCUGCUGGAGGUUAUGAUAUCAGUCCCAGUGUACCAAGAAUACUAUUUUUUAAAUGUUUUCUUCCCAGUUUUAAAAGUUUGCUACCUAACAAUUAAUUCAAAUGUUGUUAUUUUACUGCCCUGGGAAUGCUGUCAUCUUAUUUGGAAGAUAUUACCUGAUAUCAGCACAAUUGUAGGAUCAAUGGAAGAGCACAACACAUCCUCUAUGGACUUCACUUUCAUGGGGCUGUUCGACAGAAAGGAAACCUCAGGUCUUCCUUUUGCCAUCAUCUCUACCAUCUUCGUCACCGCACUGAUGGCCAAUGGGGUUAUGAUCUUCCUAAUCCAAACAGAUUUGCGCCUUCAUACACCCAUGUACUUCCUCCUCAGCCACCUUUCCUUAAUUGACAUGAUGUACAUUUCCACCAUUGUGCCUAAGAUGCUAAUUGAUUACCUGCUGGAUCAAAGGACCAUUUCCUUUGUGGGGUGCACAGCUCAACACUUCCUCUACCUCACCCUUGUGGGAGCUGAAUUCUUCCUGUUGGGCCUCAUGGCCUAUGACCGCUAUGUGACCAUCUGCAGCCCUGUGAGAUACCCUGUCCUCAUGAGCCGCCGGGUCUGUUGGAUGAUUAUAGUAGGUUCUUGGUUUGGGGGCUCUUUGGAUGGCUUCCUCCUAACCCCCAUCACCAUGAGCUUUCCCUUCUGCAAUUCCUGGGAGAUCAACCACUUCUUCUGUGAGGCUCCGGCAGUCCUGAAGUUGGCAUGUGCAGACACGGCCCUCUACGACACAGUGAUGUACGUGUGCUGUGUUUUGAUGCUGCUGAUUCCUUUCUCUGUAGUCCUUGCUUCCUAUGCCCGAAUCCUGACCACAGUUCACCGCAUGAGCUCAGUGGAGGGCAGGAAGAAGGCCUUUGCCACUUGUUCAUCCCACGUGACUGUGGUGUCCUUGUUCUAUGGGGCUGCCAUGUACACCUACAUGCUGCCACACUCCUACCACACGCCUGCCCAGGACAAAGUCCUCUUCCUCUCUGUGUUUUACACCAUUCUCACACCCAUGCUGAACCCCCUCACCUACAGCCUUAGAAACAAGGAUGUGACUGGAGCUGUGAAGAGGGCCUUGGGGAGGUUCAAGGGUCCUCAAAGGGUGUCAAGAGGUGUCUUUUGA